GCUUGAUUCGCGUCUCCAGCUCCAACUCCAACUCCAAGGAAAUUAGAGAUCCCCGUCCACAUCGGAGCUCCCUGUCGAGUCAAGGUAUUAUAGACCUACCUAACUCCUGAUUGGACUUCCCAAUAUUGCCCAACCAAAGCAACCCACAAAAGCCAUGGACGACGAAACCCGCUCGCUCAAGGCCAUGUUCGCCGACGCUGAGUCCAAGCGGCUUGCGAUCGAGAACGCCACGUUCAGUCCCAAUUCCUCAGAAUACGCCGACGCGGUGUCAUCAGCAAUAAAACUCUAUCAGACCUGCCUCGGCAUGAUCAGCGUGCUCGCCAUCUUCAGUCCAAACGAGUCCCUCGAGGACCUCUCGACCACCGACCUGCCCUUCCUCCUCAUCCACUUCCACCUCGCCGAACUAACGCAGAGGCUACCCUCCUCGUCCCCGCAAGAGCGCAAGCGCAUCCUCUCAGCCGCCCGCGACGCCUACGAGCAGUACCUCCACCAACUAGACUCCUAUGGCCUGCUGUCGCCAAGGUACCAGAAACUCCUCGAGCAAUACACCGACUCGCCGACCACCUUCAGCAUGAUAUCCACCUCAGACCCCGCCGCCCGCCGCGACGCCAAGAUCGCAAUCUUCAAGGCCGAAAAGGAGCUCCGCGCCAAGCUCGACUACCUCCGUCAGCGGCCAGAGUACGGGACCGAGGACGGGGGCGGAGACGAAGGCGCCGUCCGGCAGGCGCACCUGGCCCACCUCGACUACAGCACCCACAUGGCCUUCCAAGCGCUCGAAAGCCUCAACCGGGAGUGGGAGAUCCUCGCGCUGGCGCCGUCCGAGGAGUCGCCCUCGCCCGCGGGGCCCAACGCGCAGGAGCAGGAAGACGCGCGGCGGCGACAGCGCGGGACAGCCGGCGGGUUGGGCGACAACUACAGCGACCGCCUUGAUGCGCCGCUGCGCCCCGUCCGCAACCUGCCCGGCGGGCCGCUGCUCUCGCAGGAGGGCAAGCCGCUGCAGCCGUUCACGCUGCUCAACACGCGGCAGGAGCUCGCCCGGGGCGUCUUCCGGCCGGGGCACAACCUGCCGACCAUGACCAUCGACGAGUACCUGGAGGAGGAGAGGCGGCGCGGCGGGAUUAUCGAGGGCGGCGGCGAGGCGAGCUUGCAGCAGCCGGAGCCGGACGAGGAUGACAUCGAGAAGGCCGACGCCGAGACGAUGAAGGCGCGGGCGUGGGACGAGUUCGUCGAGGCGAAUCCGCGCGGCAGUGGGAAUACCCUGAAUAGAGGAUAGAUUGUGAGGCCUGGUUGUCGAUGAGUACCGGUAAAUGCGACCGCAGGAUGGCAUGUACGUCGUCGAAUACACUCGACUUGAUGCUUGUAUAAUUGCGGU